GGGGCCCUAAAGAGAGACCCCCUCCCCCGCGAACCCCAGCAGGGCGCGGGCCAGGUGGCAGCUCUCGGGCUGGGCUGCGCGGAGGAGGCGGCCUCCCGGGCCAGGGGCGGCGGCAGGGGCGGCCCCGGGAUCACAUGGGCGGAGGCAGGUCUUGGAGCCCCGGGCGGGCUCUCCCCAGAGUCGGGCAGACAGCGGCGGUGGCGGCGGCGGCAGUGGCGGUGUCUCCUCACCCUCCCUCCUUCCCUUCCCUCCCGGCUCUGGCCGUCCAGCCCGACGGGUGAGCGGGAGCCAGGUGAGCGGGAGCUAGCUUCGCCUGGAGGCCGGUGCCCCCUGCGUGCUGGGCUUUCCCGAUCCCGGGCGCUCCUCCUCCAGCACCCGGCCCGCGGGUACCUUGGCCUCGGAGUGCAGAAGGCGCCCGGACUGGGAGAGCUGGGCCAACGGGCUGGGCACAUCCCCGAGGCCCGGGGCGCGGAGUUCAUCAGCCGGCUCAAAGGUCUGAGAAUCCAAAGCCUCUGUGAACCGCGAGCGUCGGCCUGGGGACCUGGAGACCUGGGGCAGGGACAGGGGCUAGGCCUGGGCAAAAGGCGAAGCCAGGGACCGUAG